AUGGAAAACGAAUUCUACAAUGCGUUUGCUACUGCCCCGGGUACUUCUGUUACCGUUGCUCAGAGCGUGAAUAUGGAAAAUGAAACAGGAACGUUGCAGAAACCUCCGAAACUGAUGUGCAUUGAAGAGUAUUACAGUUGGCAAGAGCGUUUUGAAAACUGGGUUCAAGGAAAUCCUCUAAGAUCUUGGGAAUAUAUUGAGAAAAAUGCAUAUUCGAUUUGGAUAGCACUUCGUACAAAAUUCGAAGGAAGUACAGAAAUGAUCAAGAGUAAGAAGUCUCUAUUAAAGAAAGAAUUUGAUUUGUUCUCAAGUUUGCCGGGUGAAACUACAAAGAUCAUUCAAGAGCCAGAGUUGAUGAAAGAAUGGAUGGAUGUGUUUGCAAAUGAUGAUAAAAAUCAAGAUGGAGAGUCUGUUUCUUCAGAUGAUAGCUCAGAAAAGACACAAGUGUUUGAUCAAUCAUCAACUGAUAAAAAAGACAAGAAGUAUAAUGAGCUCAAUGAGAUGAAAGAAAAACUAUUGCUCGAUGUUAAGUACAUAAAAGAGUCGUAUGAUGUGUUGAACAGAACGGUGAAUAGUUUGGAAAAGACAAACUCUGAAAGGGAAGAUGCUUUGACGAUGAUGAAUGCAACAAUGAUGACUAAACAGAAAACCAUCAAUCACUACAUUGAAGAGUAUGCAGAGUUGAAGAAGGAAUUGGAGACUGAAAAGAUUGAAAAUGAAAGAAUCAGACGAUUGUUGCUGAGUUACUCAAGUUUUGAAGUUUUUCAAGAUAAGAAAACGGAAAAGAAGGAUACUGGAUAUCCUAGGCCUAAUAACAUUGAAGAAUAUUUGAAGUUAAAGGCACAACAAACAGAGGAUUUCUCUAAAAGAAACUCACAAGGAAAAUCUGACAAGGAGAUUCCAAGAUACUAUCAAUACCUGCUCACUCAGGCCAGUACUUUGGAAAGGUUUUCAAAAAAUCUUUGUCAGCAACUAUCAGAGAGAGAUGAUGAAAGCAUGAGAAAAGAUUACAUUGAACACAUCAUGUCUUUCAAGAAAUACAAGGGAGAAAAGGCCCAAUAUAAAGAAUGGACUAUUGGUGAACUCAAAGAGGAGUUGGAAAGAAUUGAAAAAAUGAACAAAGAGAAAAUAAAACACACUCCUCCUGUUUGGUCAAAAUACAUGAAGAAUGUAACAGAUAACGUGUUAAGGCUGAAGAGAAUGAAAGAGGAACUUAUUGCUGCUAAUUUUGGGUCAAGAAAUCAGGUAACAAGGUGGAAAGAAGAAAACGUCAUGGCCAGUUACAAAAAGUUGGAAGAAUUAAGAAAGAAAAAUCCAAAUGUUCCACAAAAGCCUGACUAUCCUGAAGCAGUGGUUCCAGCUAGACCAUAA